CUGGGGCACACUGAAAUCGGUCACACCACAAUCAUUUAAAAUCAACGUUCGUUGGCAGUGCGCGUCGUUUCCACAGCGAAUUUUGUAAACUUUAAGACUACAUCAGCUACAAGUAAAAUCGUGUUUUAAAGACUUUCAAAGCCAGCCAGUUCAACCAGCAGCGACAAAAUGACAUCCACUGAGCUGAAAAUUGGCCUGACCACCAGCGCCCGUCCCUCGAGCCGAGUGCUGAAGCCACCAGGUGGCGGACACACCAACAUCUUCUCGGAGCCGGACGUGGCCGUGCCGGCCCCGCGUGCCAAGUACAACCAACAGAACUCGUCGAACCUUAACGCCUGCAUGGGCUCUACCGACCCCAACAAGGUGGUGGAGAAGCUGCGCGACGAGGCAACCACCCAGAAGGAGGAGGUCAAGUCUUCCGCCCCGACCAGCCAGCCAAAGGAAUCUGCAAAGCCAGCGGCCACGAACGGAGAGGCUCGUGGACGAGUCCCACCAGGCGGAUACUCGUCGGGUGGAUUCUGGUAGAGGAGUGGGCACGGGGAGCGGAAGCGGCUGCCAAGCAUUUACUGACUCACCAUCACAUCCUCAGCCCAUCAAUAAACAUAAACCUAUAAAUAUAACUCGCUUAUAACAUACGUAUACACACAUAAUUAGAGGCGCAUUAUCUUUAAUCUGCUGAUCAGACAGAGAGGAGGAAAAACUCGAAUUACACUUUGCAAAGCAGCUCUCCAAAUCGUUCUUCCUUUCGUCGAUUCAUUUUCAUACCUCUCACAUAUGUUCUAUCGUAUAAGUAAAACGUUUAACAUGUCUAACGCAAUUGUUGAAAUUAAGUAACUCGUGAUUCCGCCCCUCUCAAAAAAUGGAUAACAUGGAUUGACUUCGCUAAACUCUACCACCUACUACCGAAGCCUAAUUUAGCAUUUGUACUUAACGUGUCCAACUGAAAUUUCUUAAAGUCUGUACAACUUGUCCAAAACAAAAUCCCUUUGUAACCAUUGAUGUAUUAUUCCAAAAUAAAACAUUUAAUUAUAAA